GAUGACGUCGAGAGGGCCGGACUUCCCAAUUACGGAUUCCCUGAUUAUAAUUUAGAAUUAUUUAAAUUUGCCUCUAGGAGUAAAUAAGUGGAGGACAAAUUUAUUUAGAAACACAUUUAAAACCCAAUACAGUAACUGGAGACGUUUUUUCGCUUUAAUGGAAGUUACUCGAGUGUUGUAAACCCGCUCAGGAUUGGUACAAAGUUUAGUAGAAUGCUCUCUAAAUUCUUUUUGAAAUCAAACGAUUUUGGGAAUUCAAGUUUUGGCAAGACACAAAAUUAGUCUGCACACUAAACAAAAAAUGGAAUUUUUUACUUUUACAAAGACGUACCUGACAUUGUCUAUUUUACUAUUCGCAAUAUCGGAAGGAAACGAGAUUUUCAGUUUGGACAAUGAAGAGAGAGCACAAAAUAUGACAGUUCUGGAAAAAUGGGAGCAACUUGAAAUCGAUGUGAAAUCUAUGGCCAACAAAGCUGUGAAGGAGUUUCUCCCUUAUUUGAUGGAGUACCAAAACAAAGUCAACAUUUCAUCGCAGUGCGUGAGAGAAGGCAUGAUGCUUCUCAAUGGAAUCAGAAAUAUUAAAGCUUGGGCUGUGAGAUUUAUUGACGCUAGUGGUAAAACAAUUGAUGGUGCAAUUACCGGUUCAAUGUCGUCCUUCGGAGCCUAUGACGAGUGUAUAAAUACAAUAGUACCAAACAAGAGAUCUAGAGAUAAAGGAAAAAUUUUGUUUAGAGGACAAUAUUGCACAAUAGAUUUCCGGCCUCCACUUCCACCGAUGAAGAACUUCUACAAGCUAGACGAAGUUUUGGAUGAUUUCAAGAACUUUUCCAAAGGAGACACUGUUUUAAGCGAAGCAGCAAAAAUCUCACACUUCUUUUAUUUCUUGACUUUAAGAAUAGGAAUAUGUGUUCCUUCUGGGUGCAGCCUGGAAGAUAUUAACCAGCUAGCGAGCAAACUUUUUUCAUCUUUCUACCUUGAUGCUCAUGCAUCAAGAUGUGUAAAGCAAGAAGAGGAAUACCCACCGAAAAUAAUUUUCGUUAUAUUUGUCUAUUGCUUGGCUGGCUUUUUCAUGUUAAUUGGAUCUUUGAUUGAUUUAUAUUGUUACUAUACCAAAGCUUCGUUUAAAGGAACUGGAAUAAGAAUUCUUUUAUGUUUCUCAUUCAUGUCAAACUUCAAGAAAUUUGCAAACACAAAGACCUCGUCGGAUACCUUAAGCUGCCUGAAUGGAAUUCGUUUUCUUUGCAUGAGCUGGGUUAUUCUCGGCCACACCUACCUCGUCUUGAAUUUCCAAAUAUUUUUGGGCUUAGAAAAAGUUCGUGAUUAUGCCAAAGAUUUCGGUUUCCAAGCUGUCAUUAAUGCAUCUGUUGCAGUGGAUACAUUUUUUUGCAUAGCUGGUAUGCUUGUAUGUUAUGUGACUAUAAAAUUGGUCAAAAUUCAGGGACGUCCAUUCAACAUAACCGUUUACAUUUUGCACAGAUUGUGGAGGAUAUUGCCAGUGUAUUUUUUCGUUAUCCUUUUUAUGCCGAUGAGCGGACUUGUUGGAUCAGGUCCCAUUUGGUAUGAUACAACCCAUAAAUACCUGAAAGCUUGUGAAGAUAACUGGUGGAGUAAUCUUCUUUUCAUCAACAACUUCUAUCACGCUACUGAUAUGUGCAUUCCCCAAAGUUGGUAUAUUGCCUGUGAUUUUCAACUGUAUGUUGCAGCCCUAAUUAUUUUAAUUCCACUUUUAAGGUGGCCAAAAGUGGGCUUAUCAAUGUGUGGAGCUGGAAUUUUAGCUUCUAUAUUAUAUUCUGGAAUAGGAACUUACGUAAAUAACUACCCACCAACAAUGUUAUUUGCUCACCCAGAUCCUGAAGAAAGAACAAAAUUCUGGGCGGACUUUUACUUCAAGCCAUUCGUACAUGCAAGUCCAUACUGCAUUGGUCUUAUAGUUGGAUAUAUUCUUGCCGUAAAACCUGAUCUGAAAAUGUCAAAAUUAACUCUAAUUGCUGGAUGGUGCUUGGCUUUCAUUUCAUGCUUUUCAUCCCUGUAUGGUGUUUUUGAGUGGAACAGAGGACGUGAACCAUAUUUGAUGGAAGGCGUACUGUACGCUAGUCUCAUGAGAACAGCCUGGACAUUUGGUGUGGCUUGGAUGAUUGUGUGCUGUGCAACUGGAUAUGGAGGUGUGAUAAAUUACAUUCUAUCCUGGAAAUGCUUCAUACCUUUGGGACGCCUGACAUUUAUUGUGUACUUGAUACAUCCUAUUGUACAAAUUGUUACUGUGGGAAAUGUUAGGACUCAAAUCCAACCAGACCACUUUUUUGCAGUAUGGAUUUUCUUCGGCCACAUGUGGAUCACUUACAGCUCUGCUUUUGCUGGAAGUAUGCUCGUGGAAGCACCUUUUUUGGCACUAGAAAAGAUAUUUUUCGAAAGAGCGCAAAGAGAAGAUAGAGCUCGUAAGAGUAGUAUACUUAAUGGGACAUUAAAAUCUGGAAAAAUUGAUGACAUAGCUGUCAUUGUGCCUACAGAAACGGAAAACUCAAAAGGAUGUGAUAACUUAGCAAUUGUAUCCAAACUAUAACAUCAGUGUCAACAUAAACUUUCAAUAUAGGAAUCAACAUGGUGCCAACAAUAAUGCAAUUAAACGUCGCAAACUGUGGUGCAUGACAGAAAUGUGCAUAUCUAUACCAAUUUCUGGAUGCAACUACGCUUACUACAUAUUGACUAUAUGUGACGACUAAAUUGGGAAAUGAUGUGUUUGAAUGACAGGGAAUUAUUUUCAGUUAUAUCCACGAACAGAAUGAAACUAAUUGAAGAAAGAAAUUAAAUCUAAAAGCAAUAGCUCUUAAAAAAUUAUGCUGUGUUUUGUAAACUUAUUUUUUCGUGUUUAAAAGCAGUAUCUUCGUUACUAAUAAAGUAAUUUUUUUUUUCA